GCAAGUAGUUUCCUGCACUUUUCAUAGUUUUUAGCAGAGGAGAACCUGACACAGGGUUGAGCACUGUCAACUGCUAGAUGUGCCCCUGAAGGGUCCCCAAAAUGCGAUUUGCAGCAGCAGUUGUGUGGCUUAUGUCAUGCACCGUUUGUGUGGCAGAAGUUUGUCAAGAGCCCCCUCCAAGAAAAGACACAGAAAUUCUGUCAGGUUCUUGGACUCAACAAACAUAUAAGGAGGGCACUCAGGCUACAUAUAAAUGCCGCCCUGGAUACAGAACUCUUGGGAGUAUUACAAUGGUAUGCAAGGGUGGAAAAUGGGUGUCUCUUCAUCCUUCGAGGAUAUGUCAGAAAAAGCCCUGUGGACACCCUGGAGACACUCCCUUUGGCUCUUUCCAUCUUGAAGUAGGAACUCAUUUUGAAUAUGGUGCAAAGGUCGUUUAUACAUGUGAAGAGGGGUAUCAGAUGCUGGGUGAGAUGAAUUUCCGUGAAUGUGAAACAAAUGGAUGGACCAAUGAUAUUCCAAUAUGUGAAGUUAUUAAGUGCUUACCAGUGACGGAACCAGAGAACGGGAAAAUUUUAAGUGGUGCCCUGGAUCUAGACCAAAUAUAUAUGUUUGGACAAGUGGUACAAUUUGAGUGUAACUCAGGCUACAUGCUUGAUGGACCAAAACAAAUACAUUGCUCAGCUAAUGGUGCUUGGAAUGAAGAAAAACCGAAAUGUGUAGAAAUUUCCUGCAAACUACCAACCAUCUUAAAUGGAAAUGCUGUAGCUCGGAAGGACAUUUUUAAGGCAAAUGAACGAGUUCAAUAUCAAUGUGCAAAGGGUUUUCAACACAGUGAAAGAGGAGACACCAAAUGCACUGAAUCUGGGUGGGUCCCAGUUCCUUCAUGUAAAGAAAUAACGUGUGAUCCUCCUCAUAUUCCAAAUGGUCUUUACACACCUCAAUUAACCAAAUACAGAGGUGAUGAUAAAAUCACUUAUGAGUGUAAACGUGGCUAUUCUCCUGAGAUCCAGGGAAGUGUUGCAACAUGCACCAGCGAUGGCUGGUCACCUGCUCCAAGAUGUUCCUUCAAACCUUGUGAUUUUCCAGUAAUAAAACAUGGACGCCUACAUUAUCCGUAUAGAAUAUACUUUCCAGCAAGGUUAGGCGCAUACUUUUCCUAUUACUGUGAUCAGUAUUUUGUGGCUCCACGAAGUUCCGGGGGUUACAUUACGUGUACAGCAGAAGGAUGGUCUCCAGAAGUACCAUGCAUCAGAAAAUGUACAUUCAAUUAUUUGGAAAAUGGACAUUACCCAGAUCGCCAAGAGCAAUAUUUACAGGAUCAAACUGUAAUAGUUCGCUGCUAUGAUGGCCACAGUCUUCAAAAUAAUCAGAACAUGAUGACAUGUACAGAGAAUGGCUGGUCACCUCCUCCCACAUGCAUCCGUGUCAAGACAUGUUCAAAAGCAGAUAUACAAAUUGAGAAUGGAUUUUUUUCUGAAUCUGACUUUACAUAUCCCUUGAAUAAAGAAACACAAUAUAAGUGUAAACCAGGAUAUGUAACAGCAGAUGGUAAGACAUCAGGAUUGAUUACAUGCCUGGAAAGUGGAUGGUCAACGCAACCUGUCUGCCUUAAAUCCUGUGAUAUGCCAGUAUUUGAGAAUGCCAGAGCCAGAAGUGAUUGCACAUGGUUUAAGCUCAACGACAGUUUGGACUACGAAUGCCUUCAUGGAUAUGAGAGCCGAGAUGGACUCACUACAGGCUCCAUAGUGUGUGGUGAAGACGGCUGGUCUGAUAAACCCGCAUGUUAUGAAAGAGAAUGCAGUAUUCCCAACAUAGAAACAUAUUUAGAUGCUAAUCCCAAGAAAGACAAAUAUAAAGUUGGAGACGUGUUGAAGUUCUCCUGCAUUAAAGGACUUUUAAUGGUUGGAGCAGAUUCAGUUCAGUGCUACCACUUUGGAUGGUCCCCUAAUCUUCCAACGUGUAGAGCAGAGUCAAUGAAUCCCUGUGCUGCACCUCUGCAACUCCUCAAUGGGGAAGUUAACGAAACACAGAAAGAAGAAUACAGGCACAGUGAGGUGGUGGAAUAUGUUUGCAAUCCUAGAUUUCUGAUGAAGGGCUCUCAUAAAGUUCAGUGUGUUGAUGGAGAAUGGACAGCUUUGCCCGUGUGUCUUGAGGAGAAGAGUACCUGUGGAGACAUACCUGACCUUGACCAUGGCUACGUCAAGCCCUCGGCCCCUCCCUAUCACCAUGGAGACUCGGUAGAGUUCAGUUGCAGAGAAGCAUUUACAAUGAUUGGACCCAGAUCAAUCACAUGUAUUCGAGGAACAUGGACCCAGCCUCCUCAGUGCAUUGCAACAGAUGAACUUAAGAAGUGUAAAUGGUUAAAUAUAUUUACAUCUGAGGGAAAUCCAUCAGAUAAGGUUGAAUAUGACCAUAACGCCAACAUAAGUUACAAAUGUCGAGGAAAGUCAGAAUACAGACACUCAGUCUGUGUACAUGGAAGAUGGGAUCCUGAAUCAACCUGCAAAGAAGAAGCACAAAUACAAUCAUGCCCACCUCCACCUCAGAUUCCCAAUACUAGAAAUAUGACAACUACAGUGAACUAUCAGGAUGGAGAAAAAAUAUCUAUUCUCUGUGAAGAAAAUUUUCUAAUUCAAGAUGCAGAAGACAUCGUGUGCAAGGAUGGGAGAUGGCAGUCAAUCCCACGCUGUGUUGAAAAACUUCCAUGCUCUCAACCACCUCAAAUAGACCAUGGAACCGUUAAAUCAUCUACGUCUGCAGAAGAAAGGACAGAAACACUUGAACCCAAGCUUUAUGCACAUGGCACCAACUUAAGUUAUACUUGUGAAGAUGGUUUCAUGAUAUCUGAAGAAAACGUGAUAACAUGCCAUAUGGGAAAGUGGAGUUCUCCACCUCAGUGUGUAGGACUUAGUUGUGGACAUCCAGCUUCGAUUUGGCAUGGCGAUAUACUUCACAAGAAACCCAGUUACCAAUAUGGAGAAGAAGUUACGUACAACUGUGAUGAAGGUUUUGGGAUUGAUGGACCUGCAUCUAUAAGAUGUUUAGGAGGAAAAUGGUCCCUUCCACCAAAAUGCAUAAAGACAGAUUGUUUUAAUGUGCCGAGCUUUGAUGAGGCUGAACUUAUAGGCAAGAAGAAGAAAUCAUAUAGGUCAGGAGAAGAAGUGACUUUUCAAUGUCGACCAUAUUUUCAAUUGGAUGGAUCCAAUACUGUACAGUGUAUUAAGAGCAAAUGGAUAGGAAAGCCAGCAUGCAGAGAUGUUUCUUGUGAGAAUCCACCCAGAGUGGAAAAUGCUAUUAUACAAAAUGCGAAGCCUAGAUAUCAAAAUGGUGAGACAGUACAUUAUGAAUGCAACAGACCUUAUGACCUUUUUGGGGAGGUAGAAGUGACAUGUUUAAAUGGAACAUGGACAAAACCACCUCAGUGCAAAGACUCUCAAGGAAAAUGUGGGCCUCCUCCAGCAAUAGACAACGGAGACACCACCUCAUUCCCAUCACUAGUAUAUCCUCCAGGAGCGACCGUUGAGUACCAGUGCCAGUCCUACUAUGAGCUUCAGGGAAACAGACGCAUAGUGUGUCGGAAUGGAGAGUGGUCAGAACCACCAAAGUGCUUAGAGGCAUGUGUAAUUUCAGAAGAAAUGAUGAAAAAGCAUAACAUACAGUUAAAAUGGAGAUAUGAUAAAAAACUUUAUUCUAAAACAAAAGACACUGUUGAAUUUACUUGUAUACGUGGAUAUUAUCGAAGCACACCAGAGUAUACAUUUCGAACAACCUGUCAGGAAGGAAAACUGGCGUAUCCUACUUGUGGACGAAAGAGUGGUUAAAAUGCAGUUGUAAAAUUGAAGUAUGUACACGUAUUCAGAAUUUUUCCUUAUUAUUCCAAUUCUCAACUUAUUUUAUCAAAUAUUGUUUAAGUCAUCUUUAUUCAUAACUCAGAUUGGUGUUAAAUAUUAUGAGGAUGAUGUAAUUAUAAUCUGGGAGACGAAUGAAUCAUUUCUAAAAAGCACCUCAUUAAAACUUGGCAAACCAAAAUGCUAUGUGUCCUGUUCAUAAAAUACCUACAGCAAGAAAUUAGGUGUAAUCACUUCAGUGCCUCCUUCCAUCUAUCAGUUUCCCAAUUUUCUAAAGAUUUUUCCAUGACUUCUGAGGUUUUCUGAGAUUCUGUUUCAGAAGAAAUGGGAAAAAAUGCUUGUCUCCAUUUUCCAAAUAAUAUCAGUUCACAAACACGUAAAAAGCAAACUAUGUUGUAUGUAUGUUAGCAAUAAGAUGUAAAUAGUUAUUUCUUACUUCUGCUUAUCUAUCAAUAGAUAAACAUACCAAAAAAAUGAUGAAAUACAUGAUCUUUUACAAUGUCUAUCUAGCUUGCAUAAUAAUUCAAAUAGAAAGCAAUUAGAAUCAAAUUGGGUACAUAAUUAUCAUAACAUGACAUAUAAGUGAUUAAAAAAUCCAACAUCAAGUAUAAACACACACACACACAUAAACACAUUAUGCUUUAAACACUGAAUACAUGUUUAUAGAAAAAAUAUUGGCAAGAAUUACAAUAGACUAUUUAGCAUAA